AGUAAGAACAUGCCUCCUCCUGUGUUCUACAUGUGAACAACAACCCAACUUGUUUUGAUACUGUCCAGUGUUCAUAUAUUUAACAAAUGGCCAAAGAGUUGUAUUUCGCAAAGAUGUCUCUUGAGUUAAAAGGUGGUAGUGAACUUUAAAGAUUAAACGAUGUGGUGAUGUGGCACCAGGGAAACAUGAACCUGUGCAGCCCACUCUUCAUCUCUGCUGGGGGCCGGCAGCUCCAGGCUUCAUUAGCCACAACCUGCAGAACAUGACUGAAUCCCAACUGUUGGCAAUAAAGCUGAAUUGUGGGUAAUGUAGGUGCUGGCUUUGACAAGAAAGACAAAUGUGUGGAAUAAAACAGACAAUAUCACUGCUGCUGCUGCUGUACUGACUUUGAUUAUAGAAGUGGUGCAUUCUUUUCAAGCAUGUCUCAGGUCGUGAGAUGACAUCGAGUAUAAAGCCAAGAGCAGGAAGGUGACGCCACUGACUCCUCCAUAUUUGCCAUGUUUGUGGAGGUCAGCAUGCGGACCAUGGCUCACUGUUGACGCCUUAAGCAUUCUUGGACAGUCUGCGAGCCCAUGUGUCCUUCCAAACUUCUCCAAUCAUGUCUAAAGCAAAAAAGUGAUGAGUGCACAGUACUGUGGACAGCCUGCCCGCCUGGCUGCUCCUCACGCUCCUCUGCUAUUCUCACUGUUCCCCUCGUCCUUUUUCCUGCUUCACUCUCCCUCUUUCCUCUGUGAAAGUGAGCCAGUGUGCACGGUGACCUUCAACCACACCCACAGGGGAAGGAAAAGAAAAAGAAGACUGAAGGGGGGGAGUUAGUUGCAGAAUGGAGGAGAGAAUAGGAUAAACAUGAGAACAGGGGUGACAGAGAGGCAGUGGUAAGAAGAGGAGGGCUGAGGAACACACACACACAUAAAAACCAACGCUGAAGUGAGGAAAAUGGAAAAUCUCUCCUCUCUUGGAAGCCAGCGGAGCGCAGAGCUGAAUCUGACAAGAAGGAUGACUCUCCAUCCCUUUUCUCACCAGUCUGAUUAAACCUCUCACUCUAUGAACCCAGCACGCUGAGAGCCACAUGAGCGAGAGAGCCGAGGACCCGAGCCUUUGCUCAAAGUGCAGGCUGGGGUGCCAACAGAUACACUCGAAGGAGCAAGACCUUGAGGACAAGGUGACACUGUGAAAUUCCUUCAAACUUCAUUUGCGGCUGACAAAGGAGCUGAAAUUGAAUUCUCGAACAUGGAAAUGAGCCACACGCCUUUUUUUGUAUUUUUAAACAGUUUCCAAGCGAUUCAUUUUUGAGCAGAUCCGUCCCAGAAAAUUCCCAAUCCUUCUCUUUAAGCCGGCUGUAAUGAGUUAAUCUACAACAGAGGAAUGAUUUCCUUGUGUGACUAAGACAGUAAGCAGACAGAAGGAGGCCUAAUUAAACUUGUAACAUCUGCCUUCUGAGCUCUAAAUGCGUCUACAGGCUAUAAGCAUCUCUCGCUCCACUUCCUCCGCUCUUAUUUCAGGCAAAGAAGGGUAAAUAAGGAAUCAGCCUGCUCGCAAACAAUGCAACUAAUCUUCUCCAAGUGGCAUCAUCAUCAUUAUUACCAUAAGCAGAGACUGUGGUGUGACAGAGUGCUCUAAAAUAUUCAUUGCAUCUUCUUCCAGAUAAACUUCCACAGCUGAUGGUGGAGGGAAGGAGGGGAAACCGGGGGAGGGUGGGAGGUCUGUGCUGGAGCACGUAGCCUGCUUACAAAUUACCACCACAACCAAACUCGGACACAGCGUGAGUGAGUUGCUCCUCGUCCUCCCCUCGCUGUUGCACCGCUCUGCCUCUUUUCACACGAGCCAUCUUCGCGGGAGGAUCGGCCGGGAUCGCCUCGCCGCUGAUGCCGCUCCACUUCUGACCGACUUCCCGGCUGCUCCGCACAGCCCGAGCCCGGCCGAGCAGCAGCCCUGCACGGCUCUCUGCCCCCGCUGCUAUUUCAAAAGAUAAAUCGACAGCAGCAGACUCCGACACUGCGGGAGGCGACAGACCCAGAUCCAGAUAGAGCCUCUGCUACAGCCGCGGAUGCAGCCCGGAGAAGGAGAGAUUUGCCAUGCCAGAUCUGCACGGAGGAGGAAAUCUUGAUAAGUACGAGUCGUUUCGUUUUCUUUUCCGUUUUUUCUGCUCCUUCAAACUCGAGUCUGCUUGGUGUGGCAGUAGCGGUGACUUUGCCCUCUUACAGCCUCUCCAUGAGCCUCCCUCCUGAUGCCUGACUGUAUACAAACACCCGUGCUGAGAGAAUAAGACUUUUAUCGCCGAGCCCGGCUCAUCAGCGACAAUAAAAAAAAAAAGACUUUACUGGUCACCGACAGCGCUUCUACUUGGCGGAGGAAACGGGGGGGGAAAAACAAAAAAAAAAACAAAAAACCCCUCAGUACUUGCUGUAAAUCAAGCCAGGAAGAUCGAGCCCAAGUGCAAGACGAAUGGUUUGGGCAUGGUGCCUACGCCCCAGGUGUGCGUAUCAACCCUGGUCACGGUGAGCACGAUGGCAGUGGUGGACCUCUACUUGCUGGAGCAGAGCAUGCUGGGAGCUCGGGGUCUUUCAGGACCUAGCGUGUGGCAAUAUGUGGCAGUGUUGCUGGGCGAUUUGGGCUUCCUGCUCGCACUGCGCUUCGUCUCAGCUGGCGUGGUGUCUGAGGCGCGGUCGCCACGGCGUGGAUUUGCCAACGCCCUCUGGUUCCUGUUCCUGUCCCUGCUCCAGCUCAAGCUCUUCUUCGUCUGCCACAACUACAGGCAGGAGCGUCGGCCACCUGAUCCUCUGGCCAGAAAGACCCUGACGCUGCUGCUGUCCAUCUGUCUACCCUCCCUGUUUCUCAUCCUGACAGGAGCUGACCACAUGACCCCGCAGCGGAGGAAGCAGGAGGUGCGGGGCCGGCUCCUGUGGGUGGUGGUUGACUUGCUGGAUGUGUUGGACCUGCAGGCGGGGCUGUGGGAAGCCCAAGGAGGGUCUGCAGCCGGUACUGGAGGGAUUGUAGAGCAGAGGCUGCCCAUUUGGGCUGAGGGUCUGGUUUUCUUUUACUGCUAUGCCCUCCUGCUGCUGCUGCCGUGUGUGGCACUCACAGAGCUGGGAGCCACUGGUCUGCCAGGACAGAGAGGACCCCGCAAGGAGGCUUUGUACCCUUGGCUUAGCUUGGUCACUAUCAAUAUUUUCACCUUAGCCCUGAGGGGUGCAGGGAUGCUGUGGUAUAGGGACCCCCGCGUGUCCACUGUGUUUCUGGGCAAGAACCUGCUGGCUCUGGCUGUGAAGCUGAACUCAGCCUGGGAGAGACAUAAACAGGAGCGCGGUGCUGCAGGAGGCGGGACUGUGGCAGGAGCAGAACCGGGAGACUCGACCUUGCCAAACCCGGGGACAGAGCAGGGAGAGGGCCAGGCCCAGGGGAAAGCUCCUCCCUCUAAUUAUCACACACUGUCUCAUUCUCAAAGCCACUCGCUCUCCCACGUCAGCCUGGAGCCCACGGCGACACCUUUAGGACCCUCUUUCAUCUCCCAUGAACUUUAGAGAAUCACUCUGAACGUGCACGCAUGCACACAAGCGUGCACAAACAACCACAGUGAAAAUUCGGAGUAGCCAAGCCGGUAUCACAUCCAAACAGAUAACUGUACUGAAUUUCAGUACAACAGCGGAGGUUAUAAUGCAGAACUGUGGAAUUGCAUUUGGCAAGCUUGGCUUUGUGCACAUCUUGUUGUGCUCAGAAUAACUCUAAAAGCAGUGCUGUGAUUUGUGGAUGUGUAUUUUUAAAAGUCAACACUGUGAACCCAUCUGUCAGAUUGUAAAGACUUUUUCAGAAAUGUGUGCUGAAGUCUGCUAUUGUUCAUCGUGGUUUAAUCUUGAUUUAACUGUCAUCACAUUUGUGGAAUUGCAUUGUCAGAUUUUCUUUGUUUUUUUCCCCCUUUUUUAAAGAAUUCUGCUUUCCUGAUAAAUAUCUGCUAUCACUGAUUCAUUGCAGCUGUUUAGGGGUGAGAAACAGAAAUUUGUUGCACAGAUUCAUGAGGUUUCAGGGGAAAAAAAAAAAAAAUCAGACUCGACUCGCUUCUGCCAAAAGACCAUUAGAUGCCAAAACACAGCUUCUGACCUUUCAGUGUACAUUUUCUCACUUCACUUCACAGGGUACUUUUACAGAGAAAACUUUUAAUACACAGAAGUGGUGAUUCAUUUUUCUUCCCUCAAUACCACAGAGCCAACAUUCAAAAGCCAUCUACCACUAAGAACUCUUCACUGUGCUUCAGUAUGUUAAUGCACAGUGUAACCUGAUGACCCUUUAAAUCAAAGUCUAAUCACAAUUGUAGGUGAUUCUACUUUAAGAUUUUCUUUUUUUACAUGCCCGAAGAGGUAAAAUUAUACAGUUUUUCACAAUAUUGUAACAGGAUGAGGAGCUCAGAUUUUUUUUCCUCUCUUGUAUUCUAUUAUAGAUUUAAUUUUCUCAUGACUUCCCAGAUAUAUUCUGGAGGGUCUCUGCACCAAGGUUGUUCUCUCAUUGAUAUUAUGUAUUAGUUUGUCUUGUCUGGAAGAAAAUGUUAAUGAGAGGAAUCAGUCACUUUGUCAUUUAGUUGGAGUGAAAACCUGCAGACUCAUGGGCACCACCGUAGAACAUCUCUAAACUUUGUUUACAAUUUUUAUGGCAUGUUUUAUCUAACUUAAAUGCACAUCAGUUAGGUAGACUUCACUUCAACAACUGGCAAAUAUACAAAUGUGUCAACGUUUCCGGUUUAAAUCAUCCAGCAGCAAUUUGAACAAACAACAAAAUGUGCAUAAGUCAAGUUGCCAGCUACAAAAGAUGCUGUUUGCAGUAAUGCAAUCUUUCACUGGCUGGGCUUAAAGGUGGGCAACGAGCAUUUUGCGUCAUCUUUGUGUACAGUACAGCUCUUUUUUUUACUAAAUUGUUUACCAAGACUGAAUACCAAUGUAAGUAAUCCCUUUAGAGGUUCAAAACACAUUUAAAACUCAUGUUUUUUGUGAUCUCUUCUUGUCCCAAAGUGUCAUUCAUUCCAGCCAUGUAUCCAACCGUCAAAUGUCUUUUUUCAUUUUAUAUAAAAAAAAGAGUCAGCUUUUUAAUUCCAUUUCAAAAAUGGGUGAAUCCAUUCAUUCACAAACUUAUCAAGAUGUCGGGUAAAUGUGGGAGUGUGGGUCAGAGCGGCAGGCGUAAAGGAUGUACAGUACAGUCAAGUGCCUUGUUUCCUCAUGGUGCAACGAGCCCCUGGUUUGUCGUACACAUUAUGUGUACCAUGUGGAACUUGGACAUAUGCCAUGUGUAUACUGUGAAGUUAUUCCACAGCUGUUUUCAGCUACACCUCCAAGACAGACUGCAAACUAAUAAAGUAUUUCAUAGUCGCCUAGUGUUGACAG